AAGAGAUGUUCCGAUCCCCUGUUGCGCCCCGCGCGAGGAAGAGGUCGAGACCAGCGGAAGCCGGCGUUCCCCGGCGCCAAGAGGUGAAGUUUGAGGAUGUCAGAGUGUACCUGGUGGAGAGGAAAAUGGGCAGCAGCAGGAGGAGCUUUCUGACCCAGCUGGCCACGUCUAAGGGCUUCAUUGUGGAAGACGUCCUCAGCGAAAAGGUCACUCAUGUGGUGUCAGAGGCCAGCCAGGCUGCAUCACUGUGGAAGUGGCUAAAGGAGUGCGCCCCGACCAAUCCACCAGACAUGCAUGUGCUUGACAUCAGCUGGUUCACCGACAGCAUGAGAGAGGGGAGACCUGUUGCUGUGGAGACCAGACACCUCAUUCAGGACACCGUGCUCACAUCGCCAGAAGGUUCUACACCCACUCCCGUGGCCGCCGUUUCUCAAUACGCCUGCCAGAGACGGACAAGCAUAGAAAACAAUAACAAGAUAUUCACAGAUGCUUUUGAAGUGCUGGCGGAGAACUACGAAUUCAACGAGCUCGAGGGUCCGUGCCUGGCCUUCAGGAGAGCUGCGUCCGUGCUGAAGAGUCUGCCCUGGGCAGUGCGGCGCCUGGGGGAAACACAGGACCUGCCCUGCCUGGGAGAACACGCUAAGGCAGUCAUGGAGGACGUCCUUGAAUGUGGCCGCUCAUUUGACGUGGAGAAGCUCCUCUCUGAUGAGAGGUAUCAAACACUUAAGCUGUUCACAAGUGUGUUUGGGGUUGGACCCAAGACGGCUGACAAGUGGUACCGCAGAGGGCUUCGCUCAUUCAGCGACGCUCUGGCAGACCGCAGCGUUCAUCUAAACCGGAUGCAGCAAACUGGUUUUCUGCAUUAUGGAGACAUAUCCAGGGCUGUCAGUAAAGCAGAGGCCCGGUCCCUGAGGACCAUUAUCGACGGAGCUGCCUGUGCGAUCACACCGUCCGCCGUACUAGCACUGACAGGUGGCUUUCGCAGGGGGAAGGAGUUUGGUCAUGAUGUAGACUUUAUCGUGACCACAACUGAGCUGGGGAUGGAGGAGACUUUGCUACUCAAAAUUGUUGAUGGACUGAAAAAGAAAGGCAUUCUGCUGUACUGUGACUACCAGGCCUCCACCUUCGAUGUGGCGAACCUUCCCAGUCAGAGGUUUGAGGCCAUGGACCACUUUGCGAAGUGCUUCCUGAUCCUGCGGCUGGAGGGCCGCGGAGUGGAAGGGGGUCUCCACACUGCCGAGGGGGACGUCAGGGGCUGGAGGGCAGUGCGCGUGGACCUGGUGUCGCCACCUAUGGAUCAUUACGCCUUCGCUCUCCUGGGCUGGACCGGCUCCAGGCAGUUUGAGAGAGACCUGAGGAGGUUCGCUCGAGGGAAGCGAGGGAUGCUUCUGGACAACCACGCCCUGUACGACAAAACCAAGAAAGAGUUCCUGGCAGCCACGACUGAAAAGGAUAUCUUUGCCCAUCUGGGUCUCGAGUACAUCGAGCCCUGGCAGAGGAAUGCGUAGGCCUCUGCUCCUCCGAGGCUGGAUGACAACCCUGCGCGUGCAUCAGUGUUGAUCCCAUCUGCUUGCCAUUCUGCAGCUCUCCCGUGAUUCACUUUCAAAACAGCUCUCGAUUCCCAUAACAGUUUGGUGUUGUUGUUACUGCCUUUGUGCUUGUUGUUGUCUGGACUUGGUGUGAUGAUUCAUAAUUCUGCUUAUUCACUGUUGUCUGUUAGCGAGCAAACACUCCGCCGUACCAUUCACGGAUUGCCUGUCUGUAAGUGUUGUAAUCAUUGGCAGGACACAAAGACGAAUCAGACGGAGUGCGAAUCGCCCGAGGUGCAGGAGAGAGGCAGCCUGAAAGAAACACAGGGGGGGAGGCAGGAAACUGCGAGGAAAGCGCUUGGGGGGGUAGCUUUUGUCGAGCAAAAUGUUGUAAUCACCCUCCUCCUGGCAGGAGAGGGCUCGACGCAAAGCUGAGCCAGCUCUCUGGGGAAUGGAGAGGCAGGUAAUGAGCUUCAGAUAGAGGAGCGUUCGGCGUCACCAUUUAGCUCCCAUUUAAGCCGACGUCCACCGGAGAUCAUUUAGCUGGCGGCGCGGCAAUACACAGAGACCCUCAACCGCCGCUCUUGUUCCACAAUGAAUCCCCUUCCCCAGAUGCUCGGACGAAAUUAGAGGCAAUCAGCCGCACCGGGAAAAUCCUGAAGAAUUCAGACGGAAGGUAAAUGAGUCCACUAACCACAUGAAUGGGUCUCGGCAUUCAAAGCAACUCCGGGCUCCGGCGCGUAAAACAUCCAUUAUCUUAUUGGCUUGACUUUGGCUCAUGUUUUAUGCAUGACGGUCAAUUAUUAAGAUUUGUGUCCUUGUUUUUUUUCCGUAUGGUUGCUCUGUAGGACAAUGAUUCACUGAUGAAGAAACUUUAUUGAUCCCUGUGGACAAUUUGGGUAAGUCCGCCCCGCUGUCCAUACCCUAACCCACUUUCCCAUGAUGCUCAGUCCCCGGUUUAUCCCAUGGUGCCUCAACAAGAGCGGAGACAGAUGAGAGCUGGGCAUUCUAGUGAAUCACCCUAUUUAAAGAUCUUUUAAGUAGAACAGUCCGGCACUUUGAGGAUUCGACCCGGGCCUCCUACCGCCACCCUUUCUUCGCUCUCCCUCUGGGUCUCUUUCUUUCUCUCCAACACAAAACGGCAAAAAGGCUCAGAGUUAACCAGAUGGAGCGAGCUCCGGCACCCCGGUCUCCUGGGUUAUCUAAUGUUCUCACAUUAAAACGGGGAAGAAUUCUUACUAGAAAAUAGGAAAUCUCUCCAGAGUGAAAAAAAAUUAAUAAAUCAAGCUGACCUCAAUAAAUUUACAUUUGUCCUGCUCUCGUUUUCCUUUUUUUUUUUUUUUUUUCUUCAAGUACGAGUGGGAUCUUAUUUCGACGACCACAUUAAAUAUUCAUCAGUGUAAAGAGAUUAAAAGGUUGUAGCACUCAAUUUAAGAAUUCACACGUUGUUGUUUUGGUCUCAGAGAGUGUUAAACUGUUUGUAAAGCUGAAAAGCAUAGCUGCUCCAAAGCCCUCCAUUCCUUUCCCUACGGAGCAAUACCUUUGCGUGGUAUCACAAGUUAUUAAGUGAGAGUGGCUUUUCUCUUAGUUACUCUAUCUGACUGAACUGUAGCACAUAGCUGCGGAUGCCUCACAAAACAACCGAUUAUACUGGAGUGUUUCAACACUUAACCUCAGUGAACUCGAGGUAAUUGCUGAUUGUAAUACAGAAAUUAAUUCGCAAAGCACGUGCAUGAACUUCAGACAUUUUCUGUCUCAUCACAGGCUUUUAAUUUCAGUGUUUACUUGAGUCACACAAGUCCUGCUUUCUAAAUGUAACUUAAGUACAACAGAAGUAUUGAAAUACAAAUUUUCAAAGUAUUCAAAGUAAAAGUACUCAUAACUGAAAAAUUACAUAUUAUUGGAUUGUUCAUUGUUAUGUAAGGUAGAGCUAAUUUUAACUGCUUUAAACAACUACUGUUGGCUAAUUUAAUCUAGAACAAUACAAAAUAUCUUAUGAGCGUAUAUGUUUUGUGUAUAAAGUUGCAAUGUACAAAGUUACAUUUAGUUAAGAGUUGACUGAAAAUCACCUCCCUUUGAGAUGUGUGGUUGAAGUAUAAAGUAAAGUAGCAAAAAAAAGCACAAGUACCUAAGAAAUGUACUUGAGCACAGUACUUGAGUACAUGUAUUAGUAUUAUGCAUAUUAGUGGAUGUUGAAGCAUAUCCUCAGGAGUUUUGAGCAGGCUGAAGGAGAGGACAGUCUCAAGUGAGGUUUGGAAAAUUACUGUCAGCCGACAGUUAGUAGCACACUGUUUACUGCUUAUUUUAACAUUUACAUAACAUUUGAAAAACAGUUAUAUAAAAAUGGUAAAUAUUCCUUUUAGUCUCAGAUUUAUAUUAAUACAAUAAAACGUUAAAUAUGUACAAAAAGGUUAUAUAACCAAAUACAUAUUGAAAAAGUAAAUGUUUCGCUGAGUCAUGCUCUGUGUGCAUAUGAAAGAGAGAGAGAGAGCAAGUACACCCAAACACCGCUGUGCACAACAUUCGUCUGACAAGGAAUGUCUCUCCCAAAGCUAGAAGCAAGCCUUCCCCCUUGCAACAAAGCGUCUACUUUGCCUCUCUAUUAUUAUUCUCUCUCAGUAAAACAGCCCAUUGACUUUUAUUGUAAGAUGCGUAAAACAAACAAAAACAGAGUGCCGGCCAGUUCUCGGACACUGCGGUACUUGUUGUUGCUCUACGCUGGCUAAAUAUUUGGGGGAGAAAUUACUUGACAAAUUCUAUUAACUCAUUACCGUCCAAAUUUCAAUCUCGCUCGGAGAAAUUGUUUUCUGCGGAGGUCCAACUCUGAAGCCUCACAUCCAACUCAUUUGUUUAUGUAUUACUUUCAGCCAAUCACACGUGGCCUUUUU